GCGGGGCCUGCGUGACCGUUCCGCGUCGAAGUCCCUCCGAUCCUCCUCGCGCGGCGAGCGUCCCUGAGAAAAGAACCUGGACACUAUUCCCCAAAGAAUAGUUUCAUUAGUUUGGAACUGGAGGAUUCCUUUGCAUCAGAUACUAAGAUGAAAGAAUCGCCAAUAGAUGGUGAAUGUGACAAAGCAGUGGCACCACAAAUGGGGCGGGUAGAUGAAAUUAAGACUGAACCUGACAGCGCUCAGGAGUACUGUCAAGCCCAGCAGCCCAAAACUCAGGAGAAUGAACUGAAAAUAAACACUACCUUUUCAGAGAGUGCUCCACAGUUGACUGCAGGCUUUCAGCUUUCUCUUACGUCAUCUGGCAUGAAUAAAAUGCUUCCUUCAGUUUCAACCACAGCUGUUCAGGUCUCCUGUUCUGGUUGUAAAAAAAUCCUUCAGAAGGGGCAAACUGCCUAUCAGAGGAAAGGGUCUACUCAGCUUUUCUGCUCCACGCUGUGCAUCAAUGAGUACAUUUCAUCUGCCAAUUCACCAGCUCUUCCCAAGAGAACUUGUUCAAACUGCUCAAAAGACCUCUUAAAUCUAAAGGAUGUGAUCAGUGUCCAGCUAGAAGAUACCUCUAGCAAAAAUUUUUGCAGCCAAUCUUGUCUUUCAUCAUAUGAAGAAAAAAGAAAAGUGUUUGUUACCAUAUGUACUAAUAGCAUUUUAACCAAGUGCAGCAUGUGUCAGAAGACUACUGUUAAACCAACCCAAACACUUACAUCUGUUCUUUGCAAAUCAUUGAAGCCCUCAGAUGAAAUGAUUGAGACCACCAAUGACUUUGGGAAGACAGACCUCUUCUGUUCUAUUAAUUGUUUCUCUGCUUACAAUAAAGCUAAGAUGGAAUCAUCAACAGUAAAUGUUUCUGUGGUACAGGAUGCCUCAACAGAGCUCUUAGCUCCAAAGAAAGAUACAACUCCAGUUAUAAGCAAUAUAGUGUCAUUGGCAGAUACUCAUGUUUCCCUGCCCAUCAUGAACUCUGAUGUCUUACAAGAUACAGUUUCUUCAGUAACAGCAAAAGUCAUUGUAGAUAGUUUGCCCAGUGAAUCAAGUAAUGGUGUUGCUAAUAAUAGUGUUGAACAGCCAAGGCUUUCACCAUCUUCAUCAGUACCCAGUCAGCAUACAGUUGACUCCAGUGUAGAAGUACAAAGAGAUCAAGUGUCAAACCAAGAUGCUACAUACAAUAUGAAAUCUAUGAAAAUAAGUGAUGGACUAUGUCACCCAAAGAUUAAAUCCAAAGUACAAAAAGUUAAAGAUAAAUCACGAAGUAUUAAAAAAUCUUGGUGUUCAAAUCUCCAACAUUUGAAAAACAGUAUUAAGAAGGAUGUGGCAUUCUGUUAUUCAUGCCAGUUGUUCUGCCAAAAAAAUUUUAGUUGUGGAGGAGAAUCAUUUGCAGGCCAAGGAAUUUCUAAUUGGAAAAAGACUCUAGAAAAAUUCAGGAAGCAUGAAAAAAGUAAAAUGCAUUUGAAGUCAUUGCAGUUUUGGAGGGAACACCAGUUUUCUGAUGAAGCAGUCAAUGAUAAUUUAUCUAUUCAUUCAAAGCAGAUUGAAGGAAAUAAAAAGUACCUAAAGCUUAUAAUUGAAAAUAUUUUAUUUCUCGGGAAGCAGUGUUUACCAUUAAGAGGAAAUGACCAAUCAAUUUCAUCUAUGAAUAAAGGUAAUUUUUUAGAACUGUUAGAAAUCAGAGCAAAAGAUAAAGGAGAAGAAAUAUUUCGACUUACGAAUUCACAAGUUGACUUCUAUAAUAGUACACAAAUUCAAGAUGAUAUUAUUGAAAUAAUAAAGACUGAAAUGCUGCAAGAUAUUGUGGAUGAAAUCAAUGUCUCCUCAGCUUUUUCUAUAAUAUGUGAUGAGACAACUGAUAGUGCCACUAAAGAACAGCUUGCAAUUUGUGUAAGAUACCCACAAAAAAUGUCAAAGGCUAUCUUAAUUAAAGAAAGAUUUUUGGGCUUCAUAGAUGUUAAAGAGAUGAGUGGGACUAACUUACAUAGGACUAUCAAAACGUACCUGCAGCAAAUUGGAGUUGAUCUGAAUAAGAUAUGUGGCCAGGCCUAUGAUAGUACCGCCAAUUUGAGGGGAAAAUUUAAUAAAAUUGCAGCAGAGUUCAAAAAAGAAGAGCCAAGAGCUUUGUACAUACAUUGUUAUGCACAUUUUUUGGAUUUAGCAGUAAUUAGGUUUUGUAAAGAAGUGAAAGAACUCCGAAGUACUCUAAAUACUCUCAGCUCUUUGUUCAACACUAUUCAUAUGUCUGGGGAAAUGUCUGCAAAUUUUCAAAACAUCUGUAAGCUAAGUCAAAACAAAACAUGCAAGAAACAUACAUCACAAUCAUGUUGGACAGUUCACGAUCAUAUGUUACUAUCUGUGAUUGAGGGUCUUCCGGAGAUUAUUGAAACUUUGGAAGUUGUAUCAAGCCAUUCUUCAAACACAAGUUUGGAUGAUGAAUUGAAUAAUUUGUUAAUACUGGUCUCCAAAUUUGAAUUUAUCUUUUGUUUGAAAUUUCUUUAUCGAGUGUUAAGUGUUACAGGAAUUCUUUCCAAAGAGCUUCAAAGUGAAACCAUAGAUAUUUUUUCAUUGUCUUCAAAAAUAGAAGCAAUUUUAGAAUGUUUAUCAUCUGAGAGAAAUGAUGCCUAUUUCAAAACUAUCUGGGAUGGAGCAGAGGAAAUAUGUCAAAAAAUAACCAGUAAAGGUUUUGAAGUUGAAAGACCUUCUUUUCAGAAAAGAAGAAAAAUUCAGAAAACAAUAGAUUUUGGCAAUUCAGAUAGUAUGUUUUUUCCUACCUCAACAGAAGAACAAUAUAAAAUUAAUAUUUAUUACCAAGGAUUGGACACUAUAUUAGAUAAUUUAAAAUUAUGUUUUUCAGAGUUUGAUUAUUGCAAAAUGAAACAAAUUUCAGAACUAUUAUUUAAAUGGAAUGAACCGUUAAAUGAAACAACAGCCAAACAGGUCCAAGAAUUUUAUAAACUUGAUGCAGACAUCAUCCCAGAACUUAGAUUUUAUCGGCAAUAUGCAAAGCUCAAUUUUGUCAUAAAUUAUGAUUGUAUCAACUUCAUCGAUCUUGGCUAUUUGUUUAUUCAGCAUGGUCUUCACAAUAAUAUUCCUUGCAUAUCAAAGUUAUUAUAUAUUGGUUUGUCUUGGCCAGUUACUUCAAGUGCUCAAAAUAUAUUUUCUACACUGCCCCGUCUUAAAACAUAUUUAUGUCAUACCAUGGGACAAGAGAAGCUUAGUGGCCUGGCCCUAAUGGCUAUUGAGCAGGAAUUGGUAAAUAAACUGAUGGAACCUGAAAGACUCAAUGGAAUUGUGGAAAAGUUUAUCCAUCGGAUGAAAGAAAUAUAACACUUGCUAAUUUGGAUUUACGUAAAAAGAAUUUUGUAUUUCUACUGGAAUGUUUAAUUUCAGAAUUUUAUUUUCUAAGAAAACAUUUUUUUUUAUCAGAACAUGUAACAAUCACUUGAUUCAAAAUUCAAAAACCAGAUUAAUGUAUAAUGAAAAGUCUCUUUCCCCUUUGUAGUAUGCAAUUCCCCCUCCCUGUUGUGUUAGCUGUUUCUCAGAUACGCUCCUGGUGAUAUUUUUCAUAGAUAGUACUCUGCAGUGCACACCAUUCUUCAGCUUGUCCGCUUAACAUAUUUUUGAAUUGUCCUAUAUCAGUACAUAGUUUUUUUCUUGAUUUCGUUUUACAACUGCAUAGAAUUUCAUUGUAUGGAUGUACCAUAAAAUAUUUGAGCAGUCCCUAACAGCAAACAUUUAAAUUCUUUCCAGUAUUUUGCUAUUAUAAAGAAUGCCACAUUUAGUAACCUUGUAUGUAGGUCAUAUUGCACAUGAGUGAGUUACUGUAAGAUAAAAUUUUAUUUUUUAUUUUUUUAAGAUAAAAUUUUAAAUUGCAAUUACUAGGUCAGAAGAUUUAUGCAUUUUUAUUCUUGAUAAAUACUGACAAAUUGCUCUAUAAGGAUUAUGCCCAUUUAAGUCCCAUUCAACCAUGUGUGUGUGAUAUUGCCUAUUUCCUUGAAUCUUUAUAAACAGAGUUCUGAAACAUUUUAAUCUUUGCCAGUCUGUUCUAAGCCCCAGUGGAAUUUCGUAUUUUCACUUAAGAAUAAGGUUGGGUAUCUACUUGAGCUAUUUGUAUUUCCUUUUCCUAUGAACUGUCAUGGUUAAACAUGGCUGUGGUUUUGGUUGACACAAAUAGCCAGAUGACACAAUAUGAAUUCUUAAUCUUCCUUAUGAAAAUAUGACUGAAUAACAAAUAACACACACACACACACACACACACACCCCAAAAAAAAAAAAGACUCUUUUUCUAUCACUAUACUUUAGAAAGGUUCCGGUGAUGAAGGAAAAUCUGUCUCUCAGAGACUUCCAAGAAUUUAGUGGUAGAUGUAUUUAGGCCUAGAAAUUUGUUUGUUUCUUUUAGGAAUAUUUUUCUGCCACCAUUCUGUUUCUUUCUCCUCAAUUAUUAUUUGUAAUUUUUCUAGAGAGAGCAUCCAUUUUAUUUAGGUUUUUCAAAAAAUGAUUUACAUAGAGCCAUAGAAAGUUUUUUUUUUUUGUAUACUGUUUCCUCAUCAAUUUCUACAUGCUUCCUUUCUUGAUUAGCCAGCCAGUGACUUAUUUACUUGUUUUUCAGAUACAUUCUUAGAUUUAUUUAUCAGUCCUACCUUUUAAAAAUAUUAUGGUUUAACAUAAAAAUACAAAGAGUAUACUAAAUAACAUUUAAUCCUAUUAAAUCCUAACAUUUUACUAUGUUCCAGAUUUUUACUUCAGAAAUAAAAUAUUACAGAGCAAGAUGGAGCUCUCUUGCAGAUUGUUUACUGAUAGCAUUCCUCUUCUAUUUUCCCGAGAAGCAAUGAUUUGUUGUGCUUCUUUUCAUGAAUGUUUAAUUUUAUACUUAAAAGAUAGCUUUGUUUCAUAUUUAUGAACUUUAUAUAAAACUCUAACUUGCAUUGUACAUACCUUCCAAUAAUUUUUUUUCAUUCAAUGUUUUUGAAAUUUAUAGAUGGAUUUCUAGUUCAUUUAUUUUUAGCUGCUGAGUAUUACCCCAUUAUAUGAUUGUACAUGUUCAUCCUUUCUCUAUUUAAAUGGAAAUUUUAUACUCCUUGAUUUUGCACUUUUAUUAAUACUCCAAUGACAUUUCCAUAUGUAGUAUGCAUUUGCACAUUCAACAAAUGUUUUUCAACAAGUACUAUAUACUAAACACUGUUCUAGCUGCUGGAGAUCCUGCAGAGACUAAAACAAGGCCCUGACUCCAAUGAAACUUAGCUUUCUAAUGUGGCGGUCCAAGAAAGAUGCUAGAAGAAAUUACUCAGCAGUUCUUUAGGUGGAUGAUAAUACAGAAAAUAAUAUUUAUAGGCGGCUGCACUAGGAAAAAGAUGAGGUUUUGGAAGCUGUGGCCAGUAAAGGCCUUACCCAGCCACCUAUCCCUGACAUGCUAGUUGGGAAAGUCUGCUCUAGGGUACUUAACCUAAAAAUAGACUUGAUAGUUCAAGGCUAUGUUCAUCUUCCACUUUAAUUAAGCCUCGGCUUUAUAUGUUUUUCUUUCCCACCACUACCUGAGUGUCUCUGUUCUGCACAUACUUACCAACAUUUGGUAUUAUCAUUUUACUGUCUUUUUUUUUUAAUUCAUUGAUUUCUACUUUACCUUUUUUUUUUAAGAUUUUAUUUAUUUAUUUAUUCAUGAGAGACACAGAGAGAGAGAGAGGCAGAGACACAGGCAGAGGGAGAAGCAGGCUCCAUGCAGGGAGCCCGACACGAGACUCUAUCCCAGGUCUCCAGGAUCAGGCCCUGAGCUGAAGGCGGCGCUAAACCGCUGAGCCACCCAGGCUGCCCUCUACUUUACCUUUAAAAAAGAGAAAGAAAACAAAAUAGAAGGCAAUUAGUUAACCUCUAGUACUGAAUGCUUCUUGCAUGUAUUUUCAUUCUUUUCUAUUUUGUAAUGAAAGUGCUUUAGUGCUCUGAAUAUUCCUCUGAACUCACCUUUGUCAACCAUGUCUUUUUCUCAUUUUCAUUAUUUUCUAGCUGUUCGCAGUUGUAGUUUCUAUAUUAUCAUGAAACCAGGAAUUGAUUUCAAGAGGUUGGGUUGGGUUUUUUCUUUUUUAAUAUUCAAAUGUUUUGGUUUUUACUUUUUUUUUUUUUGGUAGUCUAUAAAGUGAGUAAUAUAAGACCUAGACCUGAAAAAGAAAAAUACAGUAAUUAAGACAGCUAUCUUGGUUGAAUACCUACUAUGUAAUAUAGUAUUCUGUUCAGUGCUUUACAUAGGUUGUUUCAUUUAGAUCUCUCAACAACCUAUUGUUUUACACAGGAAACAAAAACACAAAGGGAUACAGAUCACACAGUUAGUAAAUGGUGAACGUAGGAUUUAUAUCUAGGCAGUGUGACUAGCCCGUGCUCCCAAUCACUGUGUUCUACUAACUCUUAAUACAAACUUGUCAGAAAUGUUCCCAAAUAAAAGAUUAACCACCAGAAGUGUAUAAAUAACAGAAGAGGUUUUUUAAUCUCCCCAAAUCCAUUGAAGCAGAAAUUGAUGCCCAGCAUCUUCAACCAAUCUUGGUGACCGUGUAUCCCCAUAGUCCCCAAAUAAGAUUAGGUAGUGACAAACUCAAAAGCAAUCCUGAAUGGUAUUGGCUAUCUUUAGAAAGCCAUGGAGGAAAAGCAGUGGGACAUCUGAUAGCCUUGAAAAUCAAGAGAUCCCCCAAAUCAACAGAUUUCCACUAGAAAGCAUGGCAGUCUAAUUUGGAAACAACAACCCAAACAGAAGAUUCCUGCAGAUGUCAGUUAGCUGGUGAAUUUAAGGGGACUGUGCUAAGUUCUGAAGAUUUUGGAGUAGUCUCAGUCCAUAUGAACUUUUUUUUUCUUUUUGGUUCUUAUGAACUCUUGAAACUAACAGAUACAAGCUUUAUUUCCAAACAGCUCAAUUAAGGAGGAACUGCUAGCUAUAGACACCAAAUUGAUCAGGACAGGGAUAGUAGGGACAAAGGAAAGACCAUGUAUAGAGUGAAAUGAAGGAGAGAAUCAGAAGCAGAAUCUCAAGUAAUUUUGUGAAAAUAAUAGAAUUGAAUGAACCUUGGGGCCAGAAAAGUUAAGUUGUCCUUUCUACCUCCCUAAAAGUACAGGAAAAUGCAUUUCACAUAGAAGCAAACAACAGAAUUGUAGGAUUUAAUACAAAAAUAGAAAACAAUUAUCCUUAAAAACAUAAAAAUGGUUUUAAACCAAGCUAUAGAAAUAAGAAAAUUAUGAAAGCUAUAAAAAUUAGAAAAGUUCAGAUAAGUAGAUGAAAGAUUUUAAAAGAUCAGUAACAAUUCAGCAAAGCAUUAGAAAUUAAAGGGGAAAAAUCACUUUAAAACUGAAAACUCAGGCGCCUGGUUGGCUCAGUCGGCUAAGUGUCCGAUUUGAUUUCAGCUCAGGUCUCAAUCUCAGGGUUGGGAGUUCAGAGCCUGCGCUGGGCUCCACACUGGGCACGGAGCCUACUUUAAAAAGAAAAAAAUGUGAAAACUAAACUAGGAGGGACUCCAAUGUGAGUAAGACAUGAUUGAUAAUCCCUAAGAAACAGAAUGGGCAGGAAGGAAAUGUUUCCCGUCAAAAGAAGAGACUGCAAGGAUUCAAGAGAAAGUGUUAUCAAAUACAGAAGACUUGAUAUCCAUAUAAAAGGAAUCUUCAGAAAAAUUGAGGCAACGGAAAAGAACAUCAAAAGCUACACAGUAAUCCAAAGCGAUAGAAAAGAACAAAUAGUAAAAACCGGAUCCCAGUUACUAAGAUUUGGUCUUGGGACACCUGGGUGGCUCAGCGGUUGAGCACCUGCCUUCAGCCCAGGGUGUGAUCCUGGGGUCCUGGGAUUGGGUCCCGCAUCAGGCUCCCUGCAUGGAGCCUGCUUCUCCCUCUGCCUGUCUCUCUCUGCCUCUGUCUCUCAUGGAUAAAUAAACUUAAAAAAAAAAAAAAAAGAUUUUGCCUCAGCUCCACACCCACCAUUCUGUCUGCUUUGUGGAUGAUAAAGCUGGAUCUCCGAAACACAGCAGUUCUCCUCCAGCCUGUACCAUAGGGGACACUGGAGGACGGUGCCAAGCCUGAGGGAGAAGGGAUUUGUUCCUUCCUGUGUGCUUCCUGGGCUUUAUGUAGGUGCAUGGUUGUGAACAUCAUUCCAACAGUGCUGCUUCACUGUGAGAGCACCUCCUCCCUCCCGAGCAGGAACUGAACACAGUUGCAGUUUUCACAACACCUACGGAACCGCUUUGAUCCUGUCGUGAGAUGCUAGCGUGACUGCGGGGAUCUAGGUCUCAGGCCCACCAGCAGCACCAGCAUCCUUCCUCAGAGGUCCGACUUUCAGCUCCAUGAGGUCCCUCUAAAUUUUAAUUCCUAUCUCCUUUAUUCUGUUCUCUCAUCCCUGAGAAUUUGCUUCUAUGACAUUUUGGUGUUUUCUUUUUAUUGUUUCAGUAACCUACUUACCUCUUUACUUACUUGUUCAUUUGUUUUCAUAGUCCCUCUGCUCAGAUAACUAAUAGGGCUUCUCUGUCCUCACUGGACCCUGACGAAUACUCUGUAAAUCAAAGGAGCUUGCCUGAAAUUGGAAAGACUUGAUGUAUGGGGGCCCAUGGGUGGUUCAGGCGGUUGAGUGACACCUGGUAUCGGCCGGGGUCAUGAUCUCAGCAUCAUGCAAUGGGGUGUUGGGCUCUGGGGAGUCAGCUUGAGGUUCUCUCUCCCUCUGUCCCUUCUCCUGACGCUCGCUCUCAAAUCUAUAAAAAAAGAAAAAGACUAUGUAUUGAAAAGAUAAGCUGUAUGCUUAAGAAUGUGACCCAGAAUAGUCAUGGCCAAAAAAAAUUUUUUUUGUUUAAAGAAAAAAAUUCCUUUGAGAAUCCAGGCUAAAAAGCCAAGUCACUUAUAAAGGAAGGUAAAUCUGAUUAUUAUCAUGGUUUUUCAUAAUGACACUUAUUUUUAAAGAUUUUAUUUAUUGGAUCCCUGGGUGGCGCAGCGGUUUAGCGCCUGCCUUUGGCCCAGGGUGGGAUCCUGGAGACCCGGGAUCGAAUUCCAUGUCGGGCUCCCGGUGCAUGGAGCCUGCUUCUCCAUCUGCCUGUGUCUCUGCCUCUCUCUCUCUCUCUCUGUCUCUCUGUGACUAUCGUAAAUAAAUAAAAAAAAUUUUUUUAAAUAAAUAAAUAAAGAUUUUAUUUAUUCAUGAGAGAUUCAGAGAGAGAGGCAGAGACACAGGCAGAGGGAGAAGCAGGCUCCCUGCAGGGAGCCUGACGUGGGACUUGAUCCCGGGACCCUGGGAUCACACCCUGGGCCAAAGGUACUCAACCACUGAGCCACCCAGGUGUCCCUCAUAAUAAUGAUGUUCUUUUUUUUU